GUUUAUUUGGCUUAAAUACAAAUGACAGUUUUUCUAUCUCUCAAAAUGAUUUUAGUGGUGAUCUACACCUUUCCAAUAACAUCGAAUUUGUUAAUACAGAUUUGAAUGAAAUUAAGUAUCAAAAUGAUGUUUUAGAGUUAGACAGUGAACUUGAGGAUGAAAUGUUAGAGUUAGAAAUUGGGCUUUCUUUCUUUAAUUGGUCAGAAUUUAAGACCUGGCUCAACAAAUUCGCUAAACAAAAAAGAUUUAACUACAAGGUUACUUAUGAAUGUUCAAGAUCUGGUGUGCACAAUCCACAAGUGACUUGUGACCCAACUAAUCAACGAAAUUUUCGGCUUACAAAUAAUCCAGGUGAUUUUGACGCAUCUCAGAUGCUUCAAACAUUAUUAAAUUUUAAAGAAUCAGAUCCUUUGUGGGUAGUUAAACCAUACUUAGAACCUUUAUCCAGAAGGCUAAGUAGGUUAUUGUGGAUGUCACUGUCUCAACAUAACUUAUAUAAAAAUUUUCAUGAUAUUUCACAAAUUAUUGCAUUAGCUAUUAUAGAUGAUGAAACUCUCGAUUCCUUUCAAUGGAUUUUUACAACAAUUUUUGAUGAACCAAAUAUUAAUUCUGGAGUUAUAUUUACUGAUUCUAACUCAGCCAUUAUCAGUGUGAUUAAUGAAAUUUAUCCUAAUAUGAGUCAUUUAUUAUGCAUUUUUCAUGUUGAUAUGAACCUUCGUAAGAAACUUAAAACUGGUGUUCAAAAUAUGCAAAAGAUAGAGUCGAUUAAUAAGUUGAUUCAUGAUAAGGUUGAUUGGGCUACUUCUUUGUGUGAUUUGCUUAUAACUAUUGAUAGUUGUGUCAAAAAUGGAGAACAGUUUGAAAAAUUUGAAAUUGAACAUAAUGUAUUACCAAGAGUUGGACUACCAUCAUUGAAUAACAGAUUUUUUAAAGAAGUUGAUAAUAUUAUCAAACAAUUCUUAAUACCUAUCAUACUAGGAAAGCAAUGUCAACAGAUGAAUCAGUCAGUAUGUUAUGAUGUUAAUCAUAUUGUAGAGUGGAAUCAGUUAAUAGCUGCAAUUUUAGAAAUAUGGAACAUCUGUGCUACUAGAACAACAGGCAUUGGACAUUAUAUCAUAUUAUUAAAUGACGUUGCAACUUAUUCACACUUGACUACUUUUUAUAUUACAUUAAUUCCAUCUUGCUGGUAUCUGGAGCCUAAUACAAAUAAAGAAAUGUUUUUCCAACAAAUACCAACUAUUGCAGUUUGUGGUGCAUUUAAACCAGAAGAGGAUCAACCUAUAAGCAAUUUUACAUUUAAACAUUUAUUUGCUAUUUGA